GUCUAGAAAGAUUAAUCACAAACGGAUUUAAAAGCAAGCAAAAUGGAAUCGAGUGUAAUAUUUAACAGUGCCGUUAGAAUUAAAGAAGAACCAAUUGACGUGUUGCUCGGUGAAAAUGAUUACAUUGUAAUUCACAAGACACCCAAUGUCAACAAUUUUCAAUUCCUCAGGCAUCCGCAAGAAAAUCAAAUUCAAAAAUCUGACGAAAAUCACGAAAGUGAACUUGACGACUUGGCGAUCGAGUUGGAAUGUAAAGACAUGAAGCCGAGCUUGGAUUUAUUAGCAGUUAUGAAAAUUGAAAAUUGUUUUGAAGAUCACUUAGCGGCUAUUGAAAAUGGUAACGAAUAUCAAACUCAAAACAUUAAAUUAGAAGCUUUGGAUGCAAUAAAAAAAGAAUCGUUUGUGGACGACGCAAAUCAAUUGAGUAUGAACUCAAAUUGUGAACUUUUUGCGACAAUGAAAAGAAAAACAGUUGUAAAAAAUAGGGAUUAUAAACAUAAACUCAAAAAACACAUUGUUGACACGCCGAAUGGUAAAAUCGCUUAUCCUUGUGAUACAUGUGGAAAGGCAUUCAGACAUAAGAAGAGUCUCAAAGUUCACAUCGAUUCGGAGCAUCUUAAAAUCACUCAUGCCUGUGACUUAUGUGGAAAGUCAUUCGGACAUAAGAGCAAUCUUAAAAAACACAUGGAAUCGAUGCACCAUAAAAUCACUCAUACCUGUGAAGUAUGUGGAAAGACGUUCUCUUACAAGAGUAAUCUCCAAAUCCACAUCAACUCGGUGCAUAAUGGUACAAUCACCCAUUCUUGUGAUACAUGUGGAAAGUCAUUCGGACAUAAGAGCAAUCUUAAAAAACACAUCGAAUCGUUGCACCAUAAAAUCACUCAUACCUGUGAAGUAUGUGGAAAGACGUUCUCUUACAAGAGUAAUCUCCAAAUCCACAUCAACUCGGUGCAUAAUGGUACAAUCACCCAUUCUUGUGAUACAUGUGGAAAGUCAUUCGGACAUAAGAGCAAUCUUAAAAAACACAUCGAAUCGGUGCACCAUAAAAUCACUCAUACCUGUGACUUAUGUGGAAAGACAUUCUCAGCUAAAGAUUCUCUCAAAAAACAUAUUGAUGCGAUACAUAAUGGUAAAACUUCGACAUGCGAUAUCUGCGGAAAGACGUUCUCUCAAAUGAGUAAUCUUCGCAUCCACAUCAACUCAGUUCAUUAUUGUCGAAAAGAUUACGAAUGUAACGUAUGUGGCAAGAAGUUCUCCCGAAAGGGCAAUCUCCAAAUCCACAUCAACUCGGUGCAUAAUCGGAAAAUCACCCAUUCUUGUGAUACAUGUGGAAAGUCAUUCGGACAUAAGAGCAAUCUCCAAAGACACAUCGAUUCGGUGCACCAUAAAAUCACUCAUACCUGUGACUUAUGUAGAAAGUCAUUCGGACAUAAGAGCAAUCUUAAAAAACACAUCGAAUCGGUGCACCAUAAAAUCACUCAUACCUGUGACUUAUGUGGAAAGACAUUCUCAUUUAAAGAUUCUCUCACAAGACAUAUUGAAGCGAUACAUAAUAGUAAAACUCCGACAUGCGAUAUCUGCGGAAAGACGUUCUCUCGAAAAAGUGGUCUCCAAAUCCACAUCGAUUCAGUGCAUAAUAGUUAUACGAAUGUGACGUGUGUGGCAAGAAGUUCGCGCGAAAGGCUCAUUUGAAGAAUCAUACCGAUUCGUUUCAUAAAGGUAUCACCUACCCGUGAGAUUUUCACAUCGAUUCGAUACAUAAAAAUAUCACUUACCCAUGCAAUUUCUGCGAGCAAAAAUAUAAGAGGCAAACAAGACUUUUUAAGCAUGUCAAAUUGUUGCAUGCAAGUAAUACCCCCUACCCAUGUGAAAAAUGCGGCAAAUCAUUUUUACUAAAGAAUAAUCUUAAAAAGCACAUCGACGUGGCUCAUCGCUGAUGCAUUAUAGUCUGAUAAUUAAUGUAACAAACUGAUGUCUAGUUGUAUUAAAAAACUACCAUCUUUGAUCUAGUAUAUUUGUUUUGAAGUAUAUUUGUCUUGUCUAGUAAAGCUCACAGCAUACAUAAAGUCGUCGCAUGAUGAUUAACUCACACAAUUAUAACUUAACUAACGUAUAAAAUGAAUGUGCAAUUAUGUCAAAUACUACUUUUCACCGCGAGAUAUGACCUAAUGUUUCAGAAGAGUGAUGUAAAAGUAGCAAUGAUAGUACCUUCUAAUUGUCUAUUUUUGAUUUCGAUCUUAUCGGCGUUAUUAAUAAUUUGAAAAUUAUAGAAUGAUCAUUGUUGACUAAAGGCGCUGAAUUUUUCCGUUGCGCGAGCUAUACUUAAUACAGAUAACAGCUGUUAUAGAUUUUCUCAAUGUAUAUCUUCGAGGCACCAUAGAGACUUGUAUCAUUUUCAGAAUAAAAAUUUAUCUUAGUAA